AUGAAACUCGACGCGGCCACCGCGCCGCCGCGCCGUCUCUCGCAGCAAGACGCGGCCGCGGCCGCCGUCCUCGAGCAGCUCGGGCACAAGCAGGAGCUGAAGCGCAACUUCUCGAUGCUGUCGAUGCUGGGGCUCGCGUUUGCCAUUCUCAACACGUGGACGGCGCUGGCGGCGUCGAUUACGCUCGCGCUGCCGUCGGGCGGCUCGUCGUCGGUCGUGUGGGGGCUCGUCGUCGCGGGCGCGCUCAACCUGUGCCUCGCGGCGUCGCUCGGCGAGUUCCUGUCGGCGUACCCGACCGCGGGCGGGCAGUACCACUGGGUCGCCAUCAUCGCGUGGCGGCGCUGGGCGCGCGGCCUGAGCUACGCCACCGGCUGGAUCAACGUGUCCGGCUGGAUCGCGCUGACGGCCACGACGGGCCUGCUCGGCAGCACCUUUGUCGUCAACAUCAUCUCGCUGCUGCACCCGAGCUACGCGCCCCAGCCGUGGCACCAGUUCCUCAUCUACAUUGGGUUCACGCUCGCCGCGCUCGUCAUUAAUGCCUUCUUGACCCGCAUCCUGCCCAUGGUCACGCAGGCCGCGUUCCUGUGGUCGCUGGCGGGCUUCGUCAUCAUCAGCAUCACGACGCUGGCCUGCGCGUCCGGCGACUACCAGAGCGGCGAGUUUGUCUUUACGCAGUUUACCAACAAGACUGGCUGGCCGGAUGGUCUUGCUUGGAUGCUAGGAUUGUUGCAGGGCGCUUUUGCACUGACGGGAUUCGACGCCACUGCGCACAUGAUUGAGGAGAUUCCCGACCCUCAGCGCCAGGGCCCCAGAAUCAUGCUGUACUCUAUUGGCAUCGGCAUGUUUACCGGCUUCAUCUUCCUCAUCUGCCUCCUCCUCGUCACAAAGGACAUUGAUGCCGUCAUCGAGGCGCCAUGGGGCCCUCUGCUGCAGGUCUUCAUGGAUGCCACCAACAACAAAGCCGGAAGCGUCUGCCUGCUGCUCUUCCCCAUCGUCUGCAUGCUCUUUACCGCCAUCACCAUCAUGUGCACGAGCAGCCGCAUGAGCUACGCCUUUGCCCGCGACCGCGGCAUGCCAUUCUCCAGCGUCCUUGCCAAGGUGCACCCGACGCUCGACGUGCCCCUCAAUGCGCUGAUCUGGACGGCAGCGUGGGUCAUCGUCUUUGGAUGCAUCUUUCUGGGGUCCAGCAGCACGUUCAACGCCAUCACCUCGGCAUCUGUGGUUGCGCUCGGCGUGACGUAUGCCAUUCCGCCGACCAUCAACGUUCUUCGAGGACGCCGCAUGUUGCCAGAAGACCGCCCUUUUAAGAUUCCUGAGCCUUUUGGUUGGAUAUUGAAUAUUAUUGGUAUUAUGUGGUCCGUUCUUACUACCGUCCUGUUCGUCUUCCCCCCGGAGCUUCCGGUCACUGGAAGCAAUAUGAAUUACGCCAUUGCCGCCUUUGGGGUUAUUCUGCUCAUCGCUGGAGGGACAUGGAUCUUGGACGGUCGUAAAAACUACCACGGACCUCAGCUCAACGUCGAAACUUUAGCUGAGGGUACGGUGGAGGGCAUGGACCCUGCCGAAGAGAAGACGGAUCGUAUUCCAAGCAGCGCAAAGAAGGAGUGGGUAUCUUGA